AUGGAUUUGUCUUAUCGGAAAUCGGCGUUUGUUUUGCGUGCUGUCUGGCUGAGGCUGGCGACCGUCUGCACGGUCAUCGGGACCAUCGGCCGUGAUGCGCGGCUGCAGCCGGGUGCUGCAGGCGGUGGGCUGCUGCCCCCGGAGCGCGGUGGCGGCUCCGGCGGCCGCGGCCCCAAAUCCACCUUCCGGGUGCUGGAGAACUCGGCCCCACACCUCCUGGACGUGGACGGCGAGAGUGGGCUGCUCUACACCAAGCAGCGCAUAGACCGUGAGGCGCUGUGCCAACGCAGCGCCAAGUGCCAGCUGUCACUCGAGGUGUUCGCCAACGACCAGGAGAUCUGCAUGAUCAAGGUGGAGAUCCAGGACCUGAAUGACAAUGCACCGGCUUUCCCCUCCGACCAAGUGGACAUGGACAUCUCGGAAAAUGCUGCACCAGGCACCCGCUUCCCCCUCACUAGCGCCCACGAUCCAGAUGCCGGGGACAAUGGGCUGCGCACCUACCUGCUUACCCGCGAUGACUAUGGCCUCUUCUCCCUCGAUGUGAAGUCCCGUGGUGAUGGCACAAAGUUUCCAGAGCUGGUGAUCCAGAAGCCUUUAGACCGUGAGGAGCAGAGCCACCAUACCUUGGUACUGACAGCGCUGGAUGGUGGUGACCCACCACGCUCCGGCACGGUGCAGAUCAAUGUGCGCCUCAUUGACUCCAAUGAUAACAGCCCCGUCUUUGAGGCUGCUUCCUAUGUGGUGGAGCUGCCAGAGAAUGCACCACUGGGCACUGCUGUCAUCGACCUCAAUGCCACCGAUGCCGAUGAGGGCACCAACGGGGAGGUGCUCUACUCGUUCAGCGGCUACGCGCCUGAACGUGUCCGUGACCUCUUCAGCAUUGACCCACAGAGCGGCCUCAUCCGUGUCAAGGGCAACCUGGACUAUGAGGAAAGUGGCCUCAUUGAGAUUGACGUCCAGGCUCGAGACCUGGGGCCCAAUCCUAUCCCGGCACACUGCAAAGUUACUGUCCGCCUCAUCGACCGCAAUGACAAUGCACCCACCAUUGGCUUUGUCUCUGUUCGCCAGGGAGCACUGAGCGAGGCCGCCCCACCAGGCACCGUCAUCGCCCUGGUGCGGGUCACUGACCGUGACUCAGGCAAGAACGGGCAGCUCCAGUGCCGAGUGCUGGGCGGCGGCGGCGGGCCCGGUGCCAUCCCCUUUGCCCUGGAGGAGAACUAUGACAACUUUUACACUGUGGUCACAGAUCGGCCUCUGGACCGUGAGGCACAGGAUGAGUACAAUGUGACCAUCGUAGCCCGUGACGGGGGCAGCCCCCCACUCAACUCCACCAAGUCCUUCUCUGUCCGAAUCCUUGAUGAGAAUGACAACCCACCCCGCUUCAGUAAGAGCCUUUAUGUCCUGCAGGUGCCUGAAAACAACAUCCCUGGAGAGUACCUGGGCUCUGUCUUGGCCCAGGACCCUGACCUGGGCCAAAACGGGACAGUCUCUUACUCCAUCCUGCCUGGGCAUGUUGGUGACGUCUCCAUCUACACCUAUGUCUCUGUCAAUCCCACAAAUGGUGCUAUCUACGCCCUGAGGAGCUUCAACUAUGAGCAGACCAAGCACUUUGAAUUUCGUGUGCUGGCCAAGGACUCAGGUUCGCCCCACCGCGAAAGCAAUGCCACGGUACGCGUCACUGUGCUAGAUGUCAAUGACAACGCACCUCUCAUCGUCCUGCCUGCCCUCAUCAACGACACUGCCGAGCUGCAGGUGCCUCGCAAUGCUGGUGUGGGCUACCCUGUGGGCACCGUCCGCGCCCUGGACAGUGACUUUGGGGAGAGUGGGCGCCUCACAUACGAGAUUGUGGAAGGCAAUGAGGAGCACCUCUUUGAGAUGGACCCAACUAGUGGUGAGAUACGUACCUUGCACCCCUACUGGGAGGAGCUCAGCCCUGUGGCUGAACUGGUGGUAAAAGUCAGUGACCACGGCAAGCCCAGCCUUUCUGCAGUGGCCAAGCUCAUUGUUAGGGCCUUGGCUGGGCCCCUGCCUGAGGCUGGUGAGCCGCAGGUGAAUGGCGAGCAGCAUCGACGACCACAUUGGGACUUGUCACUGCCCCUGAUUGUGACCCUGAGCACUGUCUCCAUCAUCUUACUGGCUGCCAUGAUCACUAUUGCCGUGAAAUGCAAGCGAGAAAACAAGGAGAUCCGCACCUAUAAUUGUCGCAUUGCCGAGUAUAGCCACCCUCAGCUGGGAGGAGGGGGAGGCAGUGGCGGGGGAGGAGGAGGCAGUGGCAGUGGAGGGGGCAAGGGCAAGAAGAAGAAGAUCAGCAAGAAUGACAUUAUGCUGGUGCCCAGUGAGGGCGAGGACAGCCGGGGCCCCCUCAAUGUCAUGAACGUGGUGAGCAGCCCAUCCCUGGCCACCUCACCCAUGUACUUUGACUACCAGACCCGCCUGCCCCUCAGCUCUCCCAGGUCUGAGGUGAUGUACCUGAAGCCCGCCUCCAACAACCUGACUGUACCCCAGGGACAUGUGGGCUGCCACACCAGCUUCACAGGGCAAGGGACUAACGCCAGCGAGGCUCCCCCGAGCCGGAUGUCCAUAAUUCAGACAGACAAUUUUCCCGCAGAGCCCAAUUACAUGGGCAGCAGGCAGCAGUUUGUUCAAAGUAGCUCCACGUUCAAGGAUCCAGAAAGAGCCAGCUUGAGGGACAGCGGGCAUGGGGACAGUGAUCAGGCUGACAGUGACCAAGACACUAACAAAGGCUCCUGCUGUGACAUGUCUGUUAGGGAGGCACUCAAGAUGAAAACUACUUCAACUAAAAGCCAGCCACUUGAACAAGCAUUCCCGACUUUGCUUUCCUUUGCUAUCCUCACCCUACAUACCAUCACAAGUAGACUUCAGUCUGUUGAGCUGCUUCUUCCAGAACAGCAAGGCAGAGGCCAAAGACCCAUCGUUGGGAUCUGUGGACCAGCCCGCUGCGAGGAGGGAAAAUUUUCAGAACAAGAAGAAUGUGUUAACUGCACAGAUGAAUGCAGAGUGCUUGGUCAUUCUGACAGGUGUUGGAUGCCACAGUUCCCUGCAGCCAGCCAGGCUGAGAAUGCAGAUUAUCGCACAAAUCUCUUUGUACCCACAGUUGAAGCUAAUGUUGAGACUGAGACUUAUGAAACUGUGAAUCCCACCGGGAAAAAGACAUUUUGUACAUUUGGGAAAGACAAGAGAGAGCACACUAUUCUCAUUGCCAAUGUUAAACCUUACUUAAAAGCCAAACGUGCCCUGAGUCCUCUGCUUCAGGAGGUUCCCUCAGCAUCGAGCAGCCCAACCAAGACGUGCAUUGAGCCUUGCACCUCAACAAAAGGACCACUGGAUGGUUGUGAAGUGAAAUCAGGAGCCUUGGCUGAACCGAGCAGCCAGUACUUGCCAACUGACAGUCAGUAUCUAUCGCCUAGUAAACAGUCAAAAGACGCUCCUCCGUUCAUUGCAUCAGAUCAGAUGGCUAGGGCCUUUGCCGAUGUACAUUCCCGAGUGAGCCGAGACUCGAGUGAGAUGGACUCUGUUCUGGAGCAGUUAGACCGUUCAACCCGGGAUCUAGGCAGGGAGUCGGUGGAUGCCGAGGAAGUUGUGAGAGAAAUCGACAAGCUCUUACAGGACUGUCGGGGAAGCGACCCUGUGGCCGUGAGAAAGUGAGGGGGAAAUAAGGACAGGCUGGCAGUUACGUUCCUCUUCUGCUGAUUAAAAAACAAAAUAAAAUAAAAAUCCCCUGUUUAUAACAGAUUUACAGGAGUGAAGGAAGACCAAUGCUGCUUUAAGGCUUUUAGUGAACAUCUGAAGUGCCCACAAGUUCUUUUCACUGCUCUUUCUUUUUGACAGAUAACACUGGUUUCAUUUUGACCAAACUUUCAUUAGGACAGAGUGAAGUACAUUAAGAACCGAAAGAAAGAAGGAAAGGUGGUGCCAUUUUGACAAUCUGAUAGGAAGGUGUGAGAAAGGUGGAAUGGAAAUACGUGUGAUACUUUAAGACUGUCCUCAAUAGCUGAUGCUGACUUUACUGUUUACGUAUAAACCCCAAGAAAAACAGGGUUGAAUAAUUCUGAUCUGUGGUGGAUUUCCAGCAGUCACCACAGGCUUCUACUGAAAGUCCUAAAAAAGAGUUCUUGUAGUAGUCCAAGUGACACCAAACAUUAGCAUUCAUUUGUGGUAAACAUUUAUGUACAAAGUUAUCUGACACAGAAAUGAAAAAAAAAAAGAAGAAGAAGAAGAAAACAAAAAACCCAUUCCAGAUCAUUAUUCAGCAAAACAUAUCCUGAUCAUUAGUAAAGCACCUCAUAUCAUAUUAAGGUUAAAUGUAAAAUGAUAAUAGUCCAUUUUGUCCUGCACACACAUAAGCUAAUUCACUUGAUAAAAAGAGAAAAAGAUUUUAAUAGCUAUUUAGCAUUUUAGUGUCCAACAAAACUUUAGUUAGCAGUAAGUUUUAAACAAACCUGAAGUGAAGUAAAAGUUUGAGAAAAAUAGUUACCUUUGAGGGUAAUACACAAAAUAAAUUAACAUUAUUAACACUUUUUUAUUCAUUUGUGGACACUAAAAUAGCUCAGGAAAGUGAAAAUGUCUUAGACAUCCACACAAAAUACAUGAUCAUUUAAAUGUGCAAAUGUAAGAAGAUUCAGUGUGUUUACAUCAAAUGACAUAUUUUUAUUGAUUUAUUGCAGAUUCAGUGCAUAUGAGCCAAAUUGUUGAGUGUAUAAGAGCUAUAUUGUGUAUUUUAUUAAAUUAAUAUAUAGUUGUGUUGCAAAAAUAUUUGGGCUUAUAUUGUAAAUGGCAAGUGUUGCCUCGGUAGCUGUCGAACUCUAUGAGUUUUGUUUUUUCCUGCUUCCUUUUCCCCAUGGAUUGUGGGAAGCAGCGCCUCAGAGCAAAGUCUCUUGUUUAAUGUAUGGUCUACGAAGUACUGCAGUACAUAAUCUGUUCAAAAUGUGCUUGAGUGAGCUGAUGGAGCUAACUGAACAGCCUACAAACACAUCCAUCAGUCAUGGUUAUGUGCAAAUCCUUGUAGAAGCUUUUAUCGCAAACCCAUGUUUAAUAACAACAAUUACACUUGAAGCAACACCUGGAACCUCCUUGAUAUUUUCCAAACACAUGCAGCCAGCCUGUGUAAUGUAGGAAAUUUGGUUGACUUCUUAAUUGAUACCAUCAUUUUUAAAGUUUUACUAUUAAGUUCAGAGAGCUGAAAAACCUAUCUGUGCCAAUGUGGCACGAGCAGUAUUUUAUCUGAUUCUUUAGAAUGUGCAACUGCUUACUGAAGUUCUAGGAAUAGGCUGUACAUUUUGGGAGGUUGUUUUGAGUUUUGUUCUCAGUAGUUCUGAAAACUAUUUGCAGAACAACUUGGAAGAUACUUCUACGUUUUUAUUAUUUAUUCUAAGGGUGUUUCUAUUGCAUUUGAAAUAUUCAAAAUUACCGUUAGAUGAAAGUUAAGAAAUAGCAACAGCACUCAUCCAAAAUGAAAGAAAAGAACAAAAAGCAGCAGAAGAAAAAAAUGUUUAGCCCAGCAUUUGCCCCUUGUAUACUCCAGAUACUCUGUUGGACGUACCGCUACGACACUUUGUUUAAAAACAGUGUCCGGGUUAUGUUAAAUUUAAGCUGUAUUAUAUAAAUAUAUAUAAAAGAGGUAAAGAGGUUAUUUGAUUCAGGUUGGCAAUCUCAAGUCCCAUAAAGCCAUACCUCUCAUCAAUUCAAGAAAGUAAGUUGACCAACAGCUGGUUUUGAUGUUAGGAUUUCUGUUAAAGGGUGAUCUUAACUAGUCAGUCCUACAAUGAAUUGUCGUUGGUUGUUGGAGACACCCAUUCUGAAAGUUUGCUCUUAGCUCCCACUGUUAAGGAAGUCUACAAUUAUGUGUGAACAAAGGAUCUUGUACAUGUUUAUCAAGCUACUCUCCAUGUUUUGGACAAUUUAUGUAUCUAAAAUGUGGUGUUGUCUGUGUUCUACAAUAUUUUUUUUUCUUUUUAGGCCAGGAGACCCAAAAAUGAUUUUGCUUGAUAGCUUGGUAGCUGGAAAUUCCAUAGUGGAGAGGAUUUCUUAUUGUUUGAUCAGUCUCUUAUACGUAUAUUUCUGUGGUGCCCAUCACUUCAGUGUCUGUGCACCAAGUCGUUAGCUCUGCCAGUGAGAUCCAUUAUUCAGCAAAAUCUAAGCCAGUAUUUAAAUGCAGUCAAGUGAUGGAGAUUUGUGUAUUUUAUAAAUGAUUUUAACACUGAGUAACCAAUUGUACAAUUCAUUGUAUGUGUCUGAAGACAUAAAACACAACAUUCUGAGAAAGGGCUGUGCCAGUGUAAGAGGAAUUUACCUUAAGGCUCUCUGUCACUAGUGAUUUACUAGCUUUAGCUGUUUAACACAUUAUCUGUAUUUAGUAGUGAUUAUUUAUUUACCACUCUAAGGUGAUUCAGAAUUCAUGACUCACAGCUUUGUAGAUGAGUUUAGGAAAUCUUGCUCUUAUUUAAUUUGGUUGAUAGCUGCCCUGUGUUGUUGAUCUCCGGCGUACGGCUUCCAACAAGGAUUUCCCAGCUUAUGAAAUCUGUUUCACAAUUUUGAAUUGAUACAUAAAGAACCAAUAAACCAGCAGAUAUGAUUUUUCCUGAUUCAGUCAAAAUUAGUAUGAUUGUAUGUGAAGUACCAUACACAAAAGAAGUAAAAUAUAGGUUUUUUUUUUUUUUUUUUUUACUUCUCAGUAUCUUUGCUAUCGCCACAGGAGGCAGAGACAGCAACGAACAAUGAAGUUUAUGAGUUAUUUCUUUCAUUCCUUAUGCACAUGUUUUACAAAACUGAAAUAAAAUAUCCACAACAUGACUAUAAAGAGAAUGACUGAGGUAAGGGAAAAGCAUAUUAAGUAACUAAUAAAAUUGUACUGUAAACUGUGAGUAGAGAGGAAAGCAUUCUACUUUUUUUUUUUUAUUAAUGACAGCAAAUAAAUGGGAAUUCCUUAAAUGAUUGGCCAAUCAAAUCAGGAGCGAAAUCAGACUUUUUUUUUAUUUCUUUCUUGGCAUACUCACCAGGAAAGAGACUAUCCUGAAUUGUGAUUUGCCAUGUGAGCAUACAGAUUUCCCAGUCAAAUUUACCCCAAGAAGUCAAGCAUUUGCUCACAGUGGAACAAGAUACAUCGUUCAAACAAGCUUUCAAGCUGUUUGUUGCCUAAUGGAAGGGAAAUUGCUGAGGUCAAGAAGCAGUCUGACGUCUAGCAUAAUAUACACCUACUCAUUAUUGUUUAAUUACAUUUUUUGACAUCAGGCAGUGAUUGUUAGUGCAUUAAUUCAAAUGGGAGUUUUGGCUAUCAAGAUUUGUUGAUUUGAGGUGUAACUGAAUGAAACCUGAUUAAGGUUUUGACUUCUCUGGCCCAGUUGUGCUACAGGUUGGCAAUUCACAUUUAUCAGCCCCUCUCUCCCCGUAUGGCUCAAAGUUGCACCAAGUGACUGGUGAAUGACACAAAAAAACAAACAAAAGCAGCAUACAUUGUAUGGAUUAUCUCAACCGCUAUUGUUUAAUGGCUGUGUUUAAUGUGACCUAUCUGGAAAAUGAGGACUACGAAUAAAAAGCAAUUACUAAUA